ACAGCACAGCACUCACACACCCUUUUUUCUUUCUAAGCUCUCUCUCUCUCUCUCAUCUCUCUUCUUCUUCUUCUUCCUCCUUCUUCAGCCGCGCUUGAAAAACGUAAAAGCAAAAUCCUCUUUUCACAGCUCUGUUUCUCAUCAUCACAAUCACCACAUCUCUCCUUGUUCUCAGUAAUGGAGACGUCUCAAUCUUCCCAUUCCUAGCACCAUCUCUACUCCAGCUAAGCUACUAAACAAACACCUUCAAAUCCGCUAUGGAGGAAGAUAACAGUGGUCUUCUUAUUCAGAGUUUGAUCGAUGCUGUUAAUGAAAUUGCUUGGAUCUCGGAUUUUAGGUAUACUGUUAAGAAACAGUAUUGUAAUUUGUCUAGGAGAUUGAAGCUUUUGAUUCCAAUGUUUGAAGAGAUUAGAGAUAGUAAAGACCGUAUUACUGAAGAUACUCUUAAGGCUCUUGUUUUGUUGAAAGAAGCUCUUGAAUCUGCUAAGAAGUUGCUCAGAUUUGGCAGCGAAGGGAGUAAGAUUUUCUUGGCUGUAGAGAGGGAUCAAAUAAUGAACAAAUUUCACGAGGUAACUGCUCAGUUGGAACAAGCGUUGGAAGGAAUAGCCUAUGAUAAACUAGAUAUAUCCGAUGAAGUUAAAGAGCAGGUUGAGCUUGUUCUUGCUCAAUUCAGAAGGGCCAGAGGCAGGGCCGAAGCUCCUGACUCUGAGCUGUCGGAAGAUAUCCUUGCCCUUAACAACAUGAGCAAUGAUUCUUCUAUAGAUCAAGACCGCAUGAGGAGACUGUCCGAAAAAUUACAGUUAAUAGGAAUAUCCGAUCUUACACAAGAAUCAAUAGCUUUGCAUGAGAUGGUUGCUGCUACUGAUGGUGAUCCAGGUCAAAGCAUUGAGAAGAUGGCAGGGCUGCUAAAGAAAAUAAAAGAUUAUGUGCAAACGGAGAACCUCGAAACGGACACUCCUAGUAGAGAAAAGAGUCCUCCAGCAAGUUGUAGUGGACAUGUAUCCAAUGAUAAAAAUAACAAGACCCCAAUUAUACCCGAUGAUUUUCGCUGCCCAAUUUCCCUGGAAUUGAUGAGAGAUCCUGUCAUUGUCUCAACUGGACAGACCUAUGAACGUUCCUGCAUUGAGAAGUGGCUUGGAGCAGGGCAUGUGACAUGUCCAAAGACACAACAGAACCUCUCAAGCACUACUCUUACCCCGAAUUAUGUGUUGCGUAGCCUUAUAGCUCAAUGGUGUGAGGCCAACGGUAUUGAACCACCAAAACGACCCAACAGUGCUCGACCAUGUAGAAGCUCAUCAUCUUGCUCAGCUGCUGAACGCACAAAAAUUGAUAUUCUUCUUUGCAAACUCGCUUCUGGAAAUCCGGAAGAUCAACGAUCUGCAGCCGGUGAGAUUCGACUACUUGCAAAACGGAAUGCAGAUAAUCGUGUUGCUAUUGCUGAGGCUGGUGCUAUUCCUCUCCUUGUCGGCCUUCUUUCAACUCCGGACUCCCGUGUUCAAGAGCAUGCUGUGACAGCACUUCUUAACCUCUCUAUAUGUGAGGACAACAAGGGAAGCAUCAUUUCCUCUGGGGCAGUUCCUGGUAUCGUUCUCGUGCUAAAAAAGGGAAGCAUGGAAGCACGGGAAAAUGCAGCAGCCACUCUUUUCAGCCUUUCGGUUAUCGAUGAAAACAAAGUUAGAAUUGGCGCCUCCGGAGCUAUCCCACCUCUGGUUACACUGCUUAGUGAAGGCACACAAAGAGGUAAGAAAGAUGCUGCAACUGCACUUUUCAACUUAUGCAUCUACCAAGGAAACAAAGGAAGGGCAGUAAGAGCUGGUGUAGUUCCAACCUUAAUGCAGCUUCUCACGCCCGGAACCGGAAUGGUAGAUGAAGCCUUAGCUAUCUUAGCUAUACUCGCUAGCCACUCCGAAGGGAAAGGUGCCAUCAGAUCUGCAAAGGCAGUCCCGGUUUUGGUAGAUGUGAUUGGGACAGGAUCCCCCAGGAACAGAGAAAAUGCGGCUGCAGUUCUCGUGCACCUCUGCUCGGGAGACGAGCAACUCCUAGUAGAGGCCAGAGAACUUGGAGUGAUUAGUUCAUUGAUAGAUUUGGCACGCAAUGGCACAGAUAGAGGAAAGCGAAAAGCUGCACAGUUGCUUGAACGAAUAAACCGACUGUUUGAGCAUGCAGCAGCAAAUCCGGAAGAGGUUGGGGUGCUUCGGUUGCAAGCGUCGGAAUCUCAACCUCAAAGCCAACCAUCACAAUCAACCUCAACAACGGAAGUCGUUGGUAGCUGAGAGUCGGAAUUUGAUCUUUUGGUUUGGAUAGCUCCGUUUCUUUUGUUACCUUUUUUCAUUUUUCUUUUUACAUGUAAUGAAAGAGGCAGCUUUGCUUCACAAAAGGGGAGGUGGAAGAUCACCUGCCCUAAUCUUGUAAGUUAUUAUCAUAAUUUAUAAUUGUAUUUUAUUUUAUUUUAUUUUA